AUGACUGCCGCCUGGAAGGCCGCUGGCCUCACUUACAACCGCUACCUGGCCAUUGCCGCCCGCACCGUGCGCCGCUCUCUGAAGGAGACUCCCCGCCUGGCCUCCGAGCGCCGCGGCCAGAUGGACCUCCGUUUUGCCAAGUGGGAGAACGGCAAGCAGGGUGAGGGCAAGUCGCUUGCCCAGGCCAACAACGAGGCUCUUGCCCAGGCUGAGAAAUAA